AUGGGUCAAGUACCAUCCGGUGGUUUGAAUCGGCCAAGAGAUCGCCAACCCGAGGCGGUGGCGCCACUCCCAACGGUGACUCCUUCCACCAUAUGCAAGCUCCGUCUGCUAAAGAUGGAGCGGAUCAAGGACUAUAUGUUAAUGGAAGAAGAGUUUGUAGCAAAUCAAGAGCGGUUGGAGAAGGUAGAGGAAGAGAGAUCUACUACGGUUCAUGAGAAUCACGUUGAUAAAGAUCAGCUCGAGCAUGGUUGCUCGAUUUUGAUGCAUAAUAAGGUGAGAAAGGAGAAACCAGGAGACCGGAUCGCAGUGCUUCAUCAGCUAACUGACACAACUUCUGUCCUGUCGGAAGCUAUUGGAUACAUUAGGUUCCUUCAGAGUCAAAUUGAGGUGUGA